AGGACGAGGCAGGCUACUAGUAGUCCGUUCCUUCCCUUUGAACGGUACGAACGACUAACCGAGAUUCUCCUUCGUCAUUUUUGCAUUUAUCAUUUUAUAUAUAUUUACAUAAAAAGAAAAAUUAACCAAAAGAUAAGAAAGUGAUAAAGGAAGGAAGAAGGUGUGUACGCGGACACGAAGAGUGUUCGAAGGAGAGAUCGAGAAAAGAAAAAUCGAUAAAAGGAUCGUGCGAUAAUGUUACUUUGUUACUUUACUCUUUUCGUUCAUAUCCAUCAUCGUCACCGAGAGGAGGACCUCUUCUUCGUUGACGCGAAGACGAUCCGAAAGGGAAGAAGUUCGUGAAUUCGCAAGUAGCGCACUAGCCUCCUCUUCUAGAAUGUGAAGGCACGACGAAAAUGCACCUAACGAAGGGAAGCCUACCGAAAGUCUGCCUGUUGUUGCUACUUUUUUUCCUACAAGGUGGCAGGUGCAUCAAGUGGCUAGCUCUCGGUCGUAUGGCCGAUGCUCGAACGUGGACGAAGGAUUCUUGCACAAACGCCAAGAGCUCUGGUCUUCUGGAAAGAAAACAGGCGCGAGCUUGCAGGGCAACUCCCGAUGUAAUGCCUAGUCUGGUCCAAGCCGCGAGGGAUACUUCGAUCGUUUGUCAACAAGCAUUCAGACAUCGUCGUUGGAAUUGUAGUAGCAUCGAGGGUGCUCCUAAUUAUACUCCCGAAUUACUUACAGGAACGAGAGAGCAAGCAUUCGUUUACGCGAUGUCGGCGGCAGCGGCUGUCUGGAGAUUGGCAAGGGGUUGUGCGUUAGGCAACUUGGCGGCUUGCUCCUGUGCAACACCACCACGAAAGGAGCCACCUUCUCCAUCGGCCUUGAUAUCUUCGUCCUCGCUAGCGACGGCAACUAUGUCGUUUGGUGGACUAACCGGUAGGAACACCUUCAAAUGGGGUGGUUGCGGUGACGACGUUAGAUCUGCCUCGAGGAUGGCCAAAAGAUUUCUUCAGGGUGCGACUCCUCCGGGUACCGGACCGACAGCCAAAUUUCUGCACGCCGUUAAUAUGCAUAACAACAGAGCUGGACGAAGAGCAGUGGAACAGUCAUUAACUUUGGAGUGCAAAUGCCACGGCGUUUCCGGUUCUUGCAGCGUCCGCACCUGUUGGAGAGGUUUGGGUUCUUCCGGUCCUUCCGUAGCCGGUACUCGUCUUCUUCGAAGGUAUGCCACCGCCGCCGAAGUUAAACCUAGAUCCGGUGGUAGACUGCCACCUCUCUAUCAUCACGAUAAUCUAUUGUAUACCACCAAGAGUCCAGAUUAUUGUCUUCCGGAUAAGAAGAGGGGUAGCCUUGGAACCAUAGGCAGGCAAUGUAAUGGCAGUAGCACGGGUUACGAGGGUUGCGAGUAUCUUUGUUGCGGUCGAGGUCACGUUACGAGAACCGAAGAGAUUCUCGAAAGAUGCAAUUGCAAGUACAUUAGUUGCUGCUACGUCAAGUGCAAGACUUGUAGAAGAAUCGUGGAGACUUACGAGUGCAAUUGA